GAUUAAUUCAAUGGAUUUGGGAAAGUUUUCAGGUUUAUCCAUAUCAUCCUUUCUUAAAGAAUUAAUAAGGUAUUAAUGCAUAAUUCAACUGACAUUCUGGCUACAUUUGCUCAAAAAGAUUCUACAGCAUACGAGGAAACCUUGACUUCAACUAAUCAUUAAAAAUAAAGUUAAAUCCAGAAUCUUUGAAGCCUGUGAAGGUUAUCCAAAAACCCCACAAUCUUAUUUAUUCAAUUACUCAGCUUCGUUUAAUCAUUUUACAAUGCGAUGCCCAGCAAGCAACUGAUAUGUCCUAAAUUUUGAAAAGAGACCUCCGGCAAAGGGGGGCGUUUGAUCGGUCCAACAAGGCCCGUGAUUGAAAGAGGCGACGCAGCGUAUUUCCCCCCCACACACACACAAACGACACCAGCAAAAACGAAGAAGGGGGCCUGGGCGUCAUCCGUCCCUGCCCCGGGAUCGCUCCCGAUCGCCACAACCCGCAAUCAAGGGGGGGAACCCGGGAUUCUACUCUCCUCAUCAUCGUCGCGCGAUGUGUAAUUUACGCCGCAGCCCGCGGGCUGCGAAAUGCAAACCCGUCUCCUCCUCUUAUUCUCGCCGCCCUCUGGCCCGUAAUAAAAUUAUACGCUUCGCGUCGGCGAAGCCACACACACUCCGACAC